UUAGUGCAAUAAAUUUGCCUUAAAAUGUUAAUUUUUAUUACACAACAAUGGUCAGUAACAUAAAAAAUUAUGAGAAGUAACUAUUCCCUUUUAUUUUUUGCUUGUUAAAAUCGACUGAACGUGGCAACACUGCUCCAAACAUAUGUCCCCUUUGAAAAUCGGUGAACGGUGGGUUGUCAUCCAAUGUUGUGAAUUGUUUACGUGGAAGUGUUGAUUUAAGCAAUGUAAAUUUUGCUUAUAAAGAACUAUGAUAAUAACAUAAACACAAGCUUGCACUUUUGGCAUAAAAUAUGUAUACCGUUUAGAAUUAUAGUUUGUGAAUUCGGGUGUUAAUAAAUCUUCGAAAAUGGAGGAAAUUCCAAUGUUAAUUUCCCUUGUUAUUGUUAUGCUGAUUGGGUCAUUUUUAGCGGGUUCUAUACCUUUGUUUUUCACAUUAUCGGAGGAUAAAUUAAAAAUGACCACGGUUUUCGGAGCCGGCCUUCUGGUGGGUACAGCUUUGGCUGUAAUAAUUCCCGAAGGAGUCCGCUCUAUGAUAAUAGAGCAAAAUGUUGGACAAGGGCACAAUGAAUCCGACACCCACGACCACAGUGAUCCUUUAUCCUUUAUUGGUAUUAGUCUAAUUAUUGGAUUUAUUUUCAUGCUUAUUGUUGACCAGGUGUCUCAGCGUAAAAAUGAAAAUCUAAAUCCAUCUGAGCGAAAUAUUACCGCCACUGUGGGCCUGGUGGUGCAUGCUGCCGCCGACGGGGUCGCUUUAGGAGCCGCGGCCACAACAAAUCACGCUGACGUAGAAAUUAUUGUAUUUCUGGCUAUUAUGUUACACAAGGCGCCGGCCGCUUUUGGGUUGGUCACUUUCUUGCUACAUGAAGGGAUAGAGAGGCAAAGGAUUCGCAAACAUUUGUUGAUAUUUUCCUUAGCGGCCCCCGUCAUGACAGUAAUAACUUAUUUUUGCAUAGGUCAAAAGCAGAAAGAGACUCUAAGUUCGUUAAAUGCUACAGGUAUAGCGAUGCUCUUCUCAGCAGGCACAUUCCUUUACGUAGCCACCGUGCAUGUAUUGGCAGAUCUAACUCAAAACGUUCACGGAUAUUCCAAAGUGCCUCAGACUUUAGAGGGUGGAAAAGCUGCGGCUGCUCACUCCUCCUCCGCACUUAAACCAAAAGAACUCUUUUAUCUAGUCAUUGGCUGCCUUUGUCCCUUGUUAUUAUCUUUGGGGCACCACCAUUAGAGUACCAACUCAGGUAUUCCUUUGUGUUUCUCAUAUGCAUAGUUUUAAGUAACACAAAAGAAGUAGCAAUAAAGGAAUGUCUUUUGCCUAGUGGUAUGUUUUGAAAAACGUGCCAACCUUUGAUUAACUGAAACAUCCCAAUAAUUGUAUUGUGUAAAUAGACAGUUGUAAAGUUUUAUUUAUUUUAUACAUAUUUUAUAAGACAAUAAAGUAAUGUUUUUGGUGUCAUAUCUGUGUCACUUUUUAUAUACAGUCUAAAAGUCUGAUAGAUUUCAAAUAUACUGUGUUAAGGGGUCCCUAUGAUCUGUAUACUUUGUCCCAAAGUAUAUCAUAUUGCUUGUCCAGUCAACAUUGUAAGACAGAGCAUCAGGGACC